AUUGGUCCGUCUGGAGUCACCUGUAAACAGAUGGUUCAUCGGAGAGUACCGCGCGUGGCACCUAUAUAUAUAUAUAUAUAUAUAAACAACAAGAAAACAACUUCUGUUUGAUUAUACCGGGAUGAUGGCUGAUCAGAUAGCGAUUGAGGGUCUGUUGGAGUACGAAUACAGUAACAAUUACAAGGAAAUGCUCAAGAAAGCUUUUAAAAAGAAUAUAGCAAUUGGGGUCCCCGCGUUAAUGGGAAUUUCACUUAUUAUCUCACUGUGUACAGUUGUGAGCGUUUUGCACGAGAAACAAAACUCAAACCCUCUGGACUGUAUCCUGAAACCAACAUUUCUGAAAGAUAUUUACAAGACCUGUCCAUAUGUGGAUCAAUAUCCGCUUACCAAUGAAGUAUAUGCUAGAAUAUGUGUCAAUGACACUAUGCAGGUCGACAUAAGACGAUUUUACAACGGGAAUCCCAGUAACGAAGGAAUAAUAUUAAGUCAAAUGCAGUGGCACUAUUCGAAGAGUUCUGUAGAUCAUGUGGACGAAUCCAUCUUAAAAUCCAGAACACAUUUGUGAUGUUCGGAGGUCAACGUAGAUUUGUAGGUCAUCCAGUAGACUAUAAAACUUGGAACGUUUUAAUUGUUUAUAACAUAACGCUUUUAGUCAUGGAAAAACACACAACACAGUACAAGUGGAAAGUAUUAGCAUGGAAUUGUAUUGGAACAGAUAAAAAGAAAUGGACACUUUUAGAGAGCCAAUGGUUUGAUAAAAAGGAAGAAUGCAUUGCUGAUUUUCAAGAAAAAAUGAAAGAGGGAUACGAUAUCGUAGACUCUUGGGGAUCAGAGGAAUACCUACUUAAACACCAAACUAUGCCUAAAAAGUACCGUCUGUAAUCAAUUACAUAGUGUUGAAGAAGAUGAUCAAAAUACAGAAGAAAGUUCAAUUUGACAAUCAUGUACGAAUAAUAUCAAUACCAUAUGAAGAACGGAAGGGAAUUUGGAUGCAGUACGCUAUAGAUAGAGCUCAUUUUAAAAGGAGAAUUGAGCAAGCUGAGAUAUUAUUGUCAACAAUCCUACUUUUAAAAUUAAAUGACAUGAAAAUGUCUGAGGUCAACCGUGGUUAAAACAACCAAAACGUCUGAGGGCACUUUAAGGACACCACCACUCCUAGGGCCGUCUGAGGGCACCACUCUUAGGGCCGUCUGAGGGCACCAUUCCUAGGGCCGUCUGGGGGCACCAAUCCUAGGGCCGUCUACGGUCAAUCAACCCACGUGAUAAUUUGAUAUAAAACGGUAGUGGUCGUAAACAUUUUUCAUCAGAUCUGAGCGGAUGUUACUAGGCAUAACAUCGUUUUCAACAGACAUGGAGCAAAAACAUCAAGAUCUUAUUAAAAAGAACUACUCGACUCUGGUGAGGAAAAUGAAGACGUCUACGAUUGCCAGACAUCUUUAUGACUCUAACAUUAUAACAGACGAAAUGAAACAACAAAUUGAGACAGAGAAGACCAAUUACGAUCAAAACAGAAAACUACUUAGUAUCGUUCUCCGGAGAGGAUCAAAUGCUUUCAGAGGUCUCCGAAUGGCUCUGAUGAAAGCCGGCCAAACAGAUUUAUCCAAGCUUCUCAUUGACAGUGAAGAUACCAUGUCUGAGUACGAAAAGAAGUUAGCCAGGGCCCGAUCCUUAGUUGUGAACACAGUUGAAAAAAAGUAUGUUGAAAACAAACCAAAGAGUGAUCCUGUAGUACGACAAAUGUCUCAAGACGAGCGAUGUAAAAUCAGUCUGGAUGAUUUCAACGACCUUUUCCUCACAGCCGUGUCUUUUAAAGACAAGAUCAAUAUUCACAUCCGACACUUUGCCAACAAUGGUUUGGUACCCACAAAGAAGGGAGUAACGUUUCCGUUAUCCAGAUGGUUGAUGUUUGAAUCCAUUCUUCCAGACAUCCAAAAUUAUCUGCAAAACAGAUCAGACGAAGAAAUGAAAUGGCAUAUUGGAGGGGGAGUGUACGUCUCCAUCACCCCUGGGUAUACUACGGUGGAUAUAAGACACUUUUGGAAACCAGCUGAUGCCCUGGAACCGGUUCCAACAAGAAAAGGUGUGACCCUGAACAAACACAAACUGACCAGAUUACUACAGGCCGUUGAGGAAGUGCAACAGUGCGUUCCCGAAUUAAAUGACACUGAACUUUGUAGAUUUAGCGAGUCCCAUCAAAAUCAGCUUGGAAUGUUGAAUUGCCCAGAAUGUUCUCCAUUUGGUUACGAGCCCCAGGAAGAUGUGUCCCUGGAAUGUAAUGUCGGUGACUUACAAGACGUGCUGACAAUUGAAAGUGACAAUGAAUGGUAGCGUUAUUGAUUAAAUUGUAUUGCUCAUGUAAACAAAAGACGGUUGCAUGUAUAUAUGUAUAAUUUCAUGAUGAUAUUCAUAAUAA